UCUAGACGACAUACCUGGAUUUUCAACCUAAACGACAGCACACGAUUAACAUAUGUGCAUGCUCUGCCCUUACUGACACACCUACCAACCUUACCUUUACCUCCACAAUCAAAAUGGGUCGUCUGAAUCUUGAAGUGUUCAAGUUCGGCAUGUACGUCAUGUUCCCCAUCGGGGUCAUGUUCUACUUCGGCACGAACCUCGACAACCGCUUCACGGUCAACGACUUCUGGCCCAAGCCCGAGCAAACCAACAAGGUGCCGACCGACAGGGACGAGAUCCGCGCCGAGCUGGAGAGGCUUCGCACUCAGCGCCUCCUGGCCAGGGACAGGAGGUUAGCAGCCGAGGCCGCCGAGGCUAGGCUGAGACCUCACGCUCCAGAGGAGUCACGGACGGAAUGAUGGACUGAAUGGGGGCGAGCUGUUGAGGUAUGAUUAUGGGAGUCAAUUGGGUAAUUUCGGCGUUAAACUGGGAUGGCAUCUCUGCUCGUAUACGCCAAGACUUUUUGGGCUAGGACGACUAAAGCAGGCGUUGUGGUAUUUAUUUCCUUUUCUGUUUUGGGGACAUCAUCGAUUGGCCGCAAGAGGAGAAGUGCUGUGAUAUUGAUCUCCACUCCGGGUCACAUGGAAAACCCAGAUCUAUGUUCUAUUAUACAAAAUUGUAACAUGAUGUACAGAUAUUCGGUCCGCUUUUAAGCAGCUCAUUAGGUGUCCAGAUUUCUGUCCACAUCUGCCCAGUCUUCCUCGGCCUCUUUGCCUGGGUAAGCGUUUAAAUAUAUAGCCUGAACCUCUGGGACCUCUCGAAGGGCGGACAACAGUUCAGCUAACUUUUUUGCUUCACCGACAGAGUUGAUCUCAGCCAUAGUGUCCUCAUUGGGUGUCCACAUUAUGUCGGUGCUCAGCGUUUCGAGGCCAAAUUUGGCACCAACCUCCUUGGCUACGAGAGACACAUUUGCUGGCGGCGUCCAAACGACCACACUCCCAUCCUCGUUGACCUCGAGAUCCUCCGCACCAGCCUCAAUGGCGUCGUCCAUGAUCUGGUCUAUCAGUGCCUCAGCGGCCAUGUCUGACUUCGAAUCAAAGACAACACGCCCGGCCCUACCAAACAAGAACUUGGUUGGCGUGACAGUGACCUUGCGGAGCUUCAAGAUUUUGUGGAUAUCCUGCUGAGAGCGGGCCUUGCUGUCUGUCUCAACCUCCAGCAAAAGGGCAACUGAAGGGGGAAUCAUGGCCUCAACGGUCAUGCUCUCGAGCGCGCCGCCCGAUGCGGAACGGC